AUGGGGUCUUUGGAAGGAUCAGAAGUUGCAAGAAAGAAGGCAAAGUGGGUUUAUCCAAAGAUGAUGGGCUCUAACCCUUCUGAGAGAUGGGGGCACUCUGCUUGCUACUUUCAUGGCUUAGUUUACAUUUUUGGAGGGUGCCGCGGUGGGGUCCACUUCAGCGACGUCCUUAUCUGCAACCUCUCCACAAUGUCUUGGAGCGUCCUCCGAACAUCGGGCUCCGGGCCGGGCCCUCGCGACAGCCACAGCGCGUGCGUAGUGGGCCACCGCAUGUUUGUCUUUGGGGGCACCGACGGGUCCAGGAAGGUUGGCGACCUCCGAUGUCUGGACCUGAGGAGCGGUGAGUGGGCCCGGCCCGAGUGCCGCGGGAGCCCACCGCCGGCCCGCGAGAGCCACACGGCUACAGUGGUUGGGGAACGCUGGCUGGUCGUGUUUGGGGGCAGUGGGGAAGGGGAGGCCAACUAUCUGAACGACUUGCACGUUUUGGAUCUGACGAGCAUGNUUGGUGUGAUUAGGUGGAUGGUGGUGGUGGUUCUUGGCCGAGUGCGCGGGCGGGUGUACGUACUGGGUGGAGUUGGCGACAAACAGUACUUUAAUGACAUCUGGGUUCUCGACAUUAUCACGUCUUCUUGGGCUCGAAUUGACGUGGCUUGUCAAAAAUCUCAAGGUCGAUUUUCGCAUACGGCCACCGUCACAAAUAUGGGGAUUGCCGUGUUUGGAGGGUGCGGCGAGGACGAACGUCCCCUGAACGAACUGCUCGUUUUGCAGAUCGACUCCACAGCAUGCAGACCUCUUGGAAAUAGAUAUAAUGAUGAAACAGAGAAUCUCUCGAAUAAAGCAGAAAAUACAUUGAUGAAAUUUAUAGCGGACAAUGAAGAUGCACAUUCACCAGAAGUUGAAGAAAUUGAGUUCGUUCCCAGGCAGUCCCCUCAUUUUAGUUCCGGUAGACAUCAUAUGUUGCACCCGAAGAGGAGACGAAUGAGAAACUUGAAUUUUGCGGAAAGAAAAUCCGAAUUCGAACGUCAUACUCAUUCACUUUCACAGCAAUCGUCACCAUCCAAUUCUGAUCACGUUCAGAGUCCCAUCAAAAGAAGUAUCAACAACAUAAUCUCUUAUCCAUCCCCUGAAUUGCAUCCGAUGUUCAGGCAAAAGCUUCCCACGCCAGGCUGUCAUGAGCUCGAUAAUGCUUCAAAAAAUCAAACAUGCCCUAAUAAACACACUUUUCCUAGUACAUGCCCGAGCAUAUAUUUGUCGCCCGGGCAUCAAAAUCAUAUAAAAUGCCGAAAUUUGAUUGGAGCUGAAGUACACGGGCAAGUAGACGGCGCAUUUGAUUCGGGCUACCUAAUGACAGCCACUGUUAAUGGAAGGGUUUUUAGAGGAGUGUUGUUUGCUCCUGGACCGGAUUUUGUCCCCAGAGGUGACCAAUAUUCCAUCUCCAAGACCAACUGCCCCAUAAUCAAUCGUGUGAAUUCUGGUCCAAAUAUUGAGUCAAGGCAUUUCCAGCAGCAUGCGAAAAGGUUUGCACCGUGUGAAUUACAGAGUGACUCGAGAAGAUUGUCUCCGGAAAACCAAGCUCGUCGGUAUUCAACAAAUGAUUCAAGGGCUAAUAGUACAGAACUUCAAGGCGUGGAGCUAACUCUGGCGAGUCCAGGAAGCAUAUAGGCUAAGCUAGCUCAUUUUGGUGACUCAGAAUCAACCUCAUUUCAAUCUUACCUUCCCUUUUUUUUUUUUGGUUUGUUUGUUUGUUUUGAAGUGUAGAUUUGAAGUUAUUUUCCAGUGGUUGUAGUAUCUGAUUAGGUUAGGUUAGUUUGUGUAUGAUGAGAAAUGUAAGACUUAUCUUGGCAAAAGAAGGCUCCAACAAUAUGGACAAAUGGGGCACUGCAUGUGUUUUUACUAUAAUAAUAUAUAAUAUUUGCAAGAAA